AGGAGCUCGGAAGAACCCCGAGUUCCAAAGCCGGCUGCGGGUGAUGGACAUCGACGAAGGUGACUUGCGCGAGCUCUUCCAGAUGAUCGAUGUUGAUGGUAGUGGAUCAAUAGAGUCCCAUGAGUUUAUCAAACCCUUAAGCCGUUGGGUCCAUGAUAGCAAGACCGCGCCCAGAUUCAUCAAGUACAACAUGAUUCGUUGUGUCCAUCAGCAACAAGAACUGGCCAACGCUGUGGAAGGCGUUUUUGUGGAGCUGUCAACUCGCAUGGAAAAGCUCUCAGCAGAGGUUCAAGAGGUGUUGCAGCAUACAGCCGUGACCAUCGAGACCAGUGAGCCAAAGGAGAUAUUGGAAAGGAGGCUGGAGCUCCCUGAGCUCCCCGAGCCGUCGGAGUUGCGCCGGUCCUUGCCGGUGACCUUGAAGGAAGCGAAGGUCCUUUGCGAGGAGAGCGACUUCCGGGAGGCCGUGCAGUUGGCAACUCAGCAACUCCGGGAAGCGCUGCGGGCGGUGGGCGAUUUGGAGAAGUCCACCGAGGCGACGAUGGAGCAGCUUCAAGCCAAAGUGCCGAGUUCAAGCCACCCGAGUCAACAGGUGUCGUUGAGCCUGAGUGCCCGGAAGCCCAUCCUUCCAAGCUGCGAGGAGGACCUCGAAGAUCGCAGCUUCGGAUCUUCCCUCAGGUUUUCCACCUGCUCGACCGCACUCCCCGAUCCUCUGGUCAGGCCUCCCGAUCCAACGGGCGUUGUGGCGCCGGCCGCCCUGAGGAACGAGCUCCAGAGGGCACCGGGUCCGCACGAUGCAGAGCCUUCGGCCGAAGGCGGACGAGGAGAUCGAGCACAUAGCGACUCUCGCGCAGUGUGACAGAAACACGUGACAGGUUUGGGUCAAGCGCAGCGUGAAGAGUGGAGAAUGGAAGACUCCUCCAGUUUCUGGCAGGGUUCCAAAGCUCCCCAC